GCUGCUGCUUCUUUGCUUUCUGCAAGAAGAAACAGAAAAGGUCUGCCGGCGCCUUUGCUCCGUCACUUGGCAGCCAUGAUUAUUCCAGAGAAGAACCGUAGAGAAAUCUCCAAAUACCUUUUUCAAGAGGGAGUUUGCUAUGCAAAGAAGGAUUACAAUCUUGCAAAACAUCCCGAGAUCGAUGUGCCCAAUUUGCAGGUCAUUAAACUUAUGCAGAGCUUCAAGUCCACGGAAUAUGUCCGCGAGACUUUUGCUUGGAUGCACUACUAUUGGUACCUUACUAAUGACGGAAUUGAGUUUCUCAGAACUUACCUUAAUCUUCCAUCCGAAAUUGUGCCUGCUACUCUAAAGAAAUCUGCAAAGCCCCCUGGUAGGCUAGGUGGCCCACCUGGUGAUCGCCCUCGGGGUCCUCCUCGCUUUGAAGGGGACCGUCCAAGGUUUGGUGACAGAGAUGGGUACCGUGGAGGUCCACGCGGGGGUGACUUUGGUGGUGACAAGGGUGGUGCCCCAGCAGAUUUCCAACCAUCAUUCAGGGGUUCCGGUGGAAGGCCUGCCUUUGGUCGUGGUGGUGGAGGCUAUAGUGCAGCUCCAUCCGGUUCUGGUUUUGCUUGAACCUUGUUUUUUGACCUGUUGGUUUUGAAACAUAGUAUUGAAGGAACUGUAGAACUAAUGUCUUUGUUAGCGUACUGUUUUAGCCUCGGUUCAAUGUGGAACUUAUGGAACUUUUACAAUUUUAUGUUGAGUUUUGUGGAAA